UUGACCUCGUUUUAGAUGUAAUUAUGAAGUUUUUUCUUUAAUAAGCGUCAUUCAAUUUGUGGACAGAAAAAUGUUUUCGUACGUUGUUAUCGCGUCUGAAAAUAGGAUAAAUUGCAACCCAUGGACGAUUUUAUGUCAUGAUAGCUUGCAUUGUGAAAAAAGAGGUAAGGUUUUCCUGGACAUCUCUUUCCAAAACGAAGCAUUGCAAUUAGCUGGAGAUAAAAGUUCAGUAACAUUGGUUUCAUCUAGCACAUGACUGAAAUCAUGCAGAAUAUGGGUAAAUUCUGCAGGCUACGGCCUAAAAUCUCUGCCAGAAAAAUGAAACGUCUGCUCCCAAUUACAGAUUGGUUGCCACGCUAUACCCUGCAGAAACUUCAAGGAGAUUUGGUGGCUGGUAUUGCUGUGGGACUAAUGAUCAUACCCCAGUCGCUUGCCCAUGCAGUUAUUGCAGGAUUGAAACCGCAGUAUGGCCUUUAUUCAUCUUUUCCUGCCAUGUUUAUAUACUUAUUUUUGGGCACAUCCAAGGAUGUAAGCAUCGGUACUACAGUUAUAACAGCCUUGCUCGCGAAUCGUUACUCCAUAUCGAACGAUGUGCAUCCAGAAAUCAUCGCUGCCUUGACCUUUGUCGUUGGCAUCGUUAUGAUACUUGUCGCGGUCUGUCGCCUUGGAUUCGUCGUUCGUUUCUUGUCGUUUCCGGUGAUCAGUGGCUUCGUUUCUGCGUCGUCGAUUAUCAUCUCCGUGAGCCAGCUGCGGUAUUUCUUCGGCUUAAGUCGAUCGCCGCGGAAAGUAUUCCUGAAGAUUGAACAUUUAUUUACGAACAUAAAGCACACGCGGCCAGGAGAUGCAACGAUAGGCAUUAUCAGCUUCGUGCUCCUCUUGGUGCUACAGAAAGCAGCCAAGCACAAAUGGGAAACUGGCCCGGAUACAACUAAAUUGAGAAGAGCACUCAUCAAGGUCGCUCGGGUCAUUGGAAUUGGAAGGAAUGCGUUUGUGGCAACGCUGGCAAUCUUAGUUUCUUAUGCCCUCCACGAGCACGGUUUAGGCCAUCUUUUCAUGUCGGUCGGCAACUUGCCAAAAGGUCUACCGCCCUUCAAGAUGCCGUUGAAGUCAAUCGAAAUCAGCGCCAACAAAACCCUGACAGUGGAGCAGCUGAUUACAGGGUUCGGAUCGGGGAUCGGUGUUCUCCCACUGAUUAUCGUGUUGCAAAGUGUGGCUGCAUCGAAAGCACUUGGUAGAUUGAACAAGUACAAAAUAGAUACUUUUCAAGAGAUCUUCGCACUUGGCCUAGGAAAUGUUUUUGGUUCUUUUUUCAAUUCCAUUCCGAUGACGGCAAGUUUCUCAAGGUCUGCUGUCAACAGCAGUAGUGGAUCCAGGACUCCACUUGCAGGUGUGCUUACCAGUCUGGUGGUGAUCAUGGCUAUAGAAUUCCUUGGACCUGUCAUCAGGUUUGCUCCGAUGGCAUCUUUAUCUGCGAUCGUAAUCGCUGCCGUGAUAAGCCUUUUUGACUAUCAGCUAGCAAUCAAGCUUUGGCGUUUGAACAAGAUAGAUCUUGCAAUCUGGGUUUUAACGUUUUUUGGCUGCAUCUACGAAAUUGAGAUUGGCAUUUUAAUCGGGGUUUGCUUGUCACUUGCUGUUGUUAUGUACAGAGAGUUCAACCCAAGGCUGGAUGUCCAAUUAAACAAAGAAAGCAGGAAGUUGGUUAUCAAGCUACAAGGUGGCGUUUGGUUUCCAGGAAUUGAAUCGAUUGCAGGCCAGAUUUCUAGGAAGUUGGACAAAGAAGGAAGUUUCAUCGAUGCUGUGGUGAUUGACUGUGAAAACAUGCUCGAAGUUGAUUACACUGUUAUUCAUGGUCUUACUGAAAUUAUGGCUGACUGUUCUUUGAAUAACGUGGAGCUGCAAGUUAUAAAUGUUACUGGGGAGAAGAUGAAACGAAUGUUUGCCGGAGAGAAGUUGGUAGAUGCCGCUGAUGGUACAGUAGAGGAACACCCACUUGAGACGAUUGAGUCUGGGCCGUUGAUGCCAAAUGGCAGCGCUGAUUUCCAGUCAUCAGGAGUACCUACCUAGUAAAGCUGAAUUUUGGAUUUCUGAUUUUGUUUGGCUUGAACUUGUAGAUUUUACACGUCCAUUGAACUAUCAAUGACUAGCAUGUUCUUUGUAAUCUUAGGUUCAGAACCUUUUUAAAUUGUUCAGGAUAACAAAUAUUUAAUAGAUACAGACUAUUGCCUGAUAAUUUGAAUGUUUCUCUUAUACUAAAAGUAAAUAGUGUUCCAGCUUAGGCCAGUUUUAAAUUUCAAUAUCGUAGAUGUUCCAAGAACUCUCACGUCGAGGUCACACAAACAGUGAUAUUGUGAUACACGAUAACAAAUUGUUAGACAAAGUUUCGUUAACACAGGAGAUCCCCUGGAAAGGUAAUCCUCAGAAUUCGACUCUCUCCUGAAAGGAAAAUUCACGAGCUUCUUGCAUUAUAGAAAAACCAGUCACCAAAGCAUUUUCAGUUGCUUCACAAUCGACACAAAUGCAGAACAUUUUCAUUGCUAUUAUGCAAUCCUUGGAAUGUUUUGCCUUAACCAAGUCAUAUUGUAUCAAGAAUGUCUUAAAUUUUGUUUACAAUUAUUGUCUUAAAGUAAACAAUUUUUGUUUUUUUUGUUUUUGUUAAAGUUUUUAAAUGCAUGAUCAUACUCAUAGGUUUGCUGUUUCUUUAAUUACUUUUUAUUUCAUGAAAUAUUUGAUUGAAUUUUAUGUUAUAGGAGUUGUUUUUAAAGCUAGUUUUUUGCAGACUUAGCUAGCUAGCUCUUUGUUUUUUGGCGAUAGUCUUGAUAAAAUAGAACCUAGUAUCAAUUGACUCGUCUGCCGCACAACGAAGGCAAACUGUGAAUAUGAAUAAUUUCUGUAUUUUUGAGAUCUUAAGACUUAUUAAACAGUAUUACUUCUUUCUAACAUCCAGUGUUGUGAUUGGCGGUUUAGCCAAAUGCAUACCUAAUAGCUAAUCGGAUCGCUGGAUAUUUUCACCUCGGUGAAUUUUUUUUUUAACAAUUUGGUAUAACCAUUCUAGUACAGCCGGCACCAUAAAGUCCGGGCAAAACAUAGUCAAUCAUCAUCAAACAAAUAUUUUUGACUUUGAAGAACAAACAUUUCAUGGUUUAGAUCGCUACCCAUCAAAACUUUUGAAAAUUAUUAAAGAUUCAAUGCCUUAUAUGCUCAAAAUGUCUUGAAAUUUCUAAGUUUUAAUGACAAUCUUUGUCUGUGUGGACGACUUUUUCGCCUGUGAACUAUUAAAAAAAUCACCGGCUUUAAGUCAAAAAGCUGUGUAUACACAGGAAGCUCACUAAAACCGGGAAAAUUAAGAAAUGAAAACUUUUCUUUAAAUUUAUUUAUUGAUUGAUAUGUCAGACUUAACGGCGUGUAUAUUAUUAUCAACACUUGUCGUGGCAAAUUUUAUUUACUCAUCACAAUAUUGUUAGAUACCAUUUAUUUGAAAUAGAAUACCUUUAGAACACCUGAGUAUAGAAUACCUUUUUUAUGUUGUGUUUGAAAUUUUUAGUUGAUUUUGUAUGUAGAGUAUUUAAAUACAAGUUAGGAUUGACGAGAGGGUGGGAUGAAAACUUUGGAGCAUUAAAUCAGCUUCGAAAAUAGAAAGUAUCCUAGUUUACUAAAGAUAAAGUUCAAGUGGCCUCCUGGUUAGAACUAUAGGCUGGUUUUUUCUGAUAGGUUGAUGAUAUAAUAACCACAUUUUGUGGCAUAUUAAAACAUUGAGAAGUAACUUUGCUUGAGAAUUACUCCCACUUCCCUGGAUUUUGAAGAACAUAGGAUUUUCAAAAUUUAACAAGCAUUGAUUUUAAAGAAGCUUUUUGUAAUUGACUUCCCCAGCAAUUUUAAGUAAAAAUGAAUAUAUCACUUAUUGAUCUAAGUAAACAGCAUGCACCUGUAAUCUUCAGAUUGGCCUGUUUUAUUCAUGUUCAGUGACGUACAUUAACUCCAGUAUCUGUCAAAUGUCAAUUUUGAAUUAGACUGAGUCCUUGUGUAAUUGUGUAAUUAUAUAAAAUUCAGUAUUGAUUAUAUAACAAAGAUUAGAAAGUUUUUGUUACUAAAUAUAGUUUAUAAUAAUUGGAAUCUUAUUUAAAGCACGCGUAAUGUUUUUGGAGUAGAUUCAUAGUGACUUGAGAGUGGAAUCAUGGAAAUAUGGA